UUUCUCUCCCGGUGAAACGCGUCCGUCCGCAGCCUUCACUCUGCAGUUGCGCGCUGCACUACAGCUGGGAACUUUUCACCACUGGUUGUGCAUGAGGACCGAGGUCCAGGCGACACACAAUCCGUCCAGAAAAGCAAUCAAUAAAAGGACUCUGAAGUGAAGUUGAUGUUUCAUUUGGGAGCACUGCCCUCAACAUGAGGGUCCGGUACUGAUUUCUGGAUACUGAACACAAGUUGCCUGUUGCUGAAUAUCCGCUUCUCUCGGCGAACAGAACUGGGCGCAAUUACGCACGGAGAGCAGCAUGGCACCGAUUCUGGAUAGACGUGCUCCCGCUUUGCUCUUGGUUUGGAGCUACUGCGUCCUAGCCGAUACCGCUUUUACGAACUUUACUCUGGACAAUGAGUUCCACUCCAGUUUCAUCCACCGUCGACUGAAGAGCCAGGAGCGCAGAGAGAUGCAGCGGGAGAUCCUGUCGAUCUUGGGGCUGCCGCACCGGCCGCGACCCCACCUCCACGGAAAGCACAACGCUGCCCCGAUGUUUAUGUUGGACUUGUACAAUGCCAUGUCCACGGAGGGGGACGAGGACAGAUACUCCUACCCCUACAAGCCCGUCUUCACCACCCAGGGGCCCCCGAUAGCCAGCCUGCAGGACAACAACUUCUUGAACGAUGCAGAUAUGGUCAUGAGCUUUGUGAAUUUAGUGGAGCAUGAUAAGGAGUUCCUACCAGUGCGGCGGCAUCAUCGAGAGUUCCGGUUCGAUCUGUCUCGAAUCCCUGAGGGGGAGGCGGUCACUGCUGCCGAGUUUCGUAUUUAUAAAGACUUCAUCCAUGAACGUUACGACAAUGAGACCUUCCGUAUCAGCGUCUACCAGGUGUUGGAGGAACACUCUGACAGAGAGUCAGACCUGUUUCUGCUGGAUUCAAGGGUGAUCUGGGCAGCAGAGGAGGGCUGGUUGGUAUUUGACGUGACAGCCACCAGUAACCACUGGGUCCUGAACCCCGGCAGAAAUUUGGGCCUACAGCUGGCCCUGGAGAGCACAAAUGGAGAGAGUAUCAAUCCCCGUGUGGCCGGUCUGAUUGGUCGCAGUGGGCCUCAGAAUAAACAGCCCUUCAUGGUGGCCUUCUUCAAAGCCACUGAGGUGCACCUGCGAAGCAUCCGCUCAGCAUCAGGGGGGGCCAAACAACGGAACUCCAACCGAUCCAAAGGGGCGAAGAGCCAAGAGGCACUCCGAGUAGCCAAUGUUGCAGAAAACAGCAGUACUGAUCAGAAGCAGGCGUGUAAGAAGCAUGAGCUCUACGUCAGUUUCAGAGACUUGGGGUGGCAGGAUUGGAUCAUCGCUCCAGAAGGAUAUGCAGCAUAUUACUGCGAGGGAGAGUGUGCCUUCCCUCUGAACUCCUACAUGAACGCCACAAACCACGCCAUUGUGCAAACCCUUGUUCAUUUCAUCAACCCAGACACGGUCCCGAAACCUUGCUGUGCCCCCACGCAGCUCCACGCCAUCUCCGUGCUCUACUUUGAUGACAGCUCCAACGUCAUCCUCAAGAAAUACCGCAACAUGGUGGUCAGGGCUUGUGGCUGCCACUAAGGUUGUCGACAUCUUCACACGGACACAUGCGUACGCACACACUCACGAGGGCUUCCCCCUUGCUGUCGUUUGAAGUGUUGAGAACGGAUUGCAAAAAUGUAGUAUGUGAAUUUUAUGGAUGUUCCGAGAAUUCAGGACAGCUUCCUGUGUGGAAUGAGCUCUUGUUUCGUUUUCAAAGUUUUCCUGAGCAUAGCAUUGUUUUGUGUGGCCAAACAUAAAGCUGAACCAAUGUAAGACUCCUCGCCACAGGGGCGCACAUACACACACCCACAUUUGUGCUUUCUACUGUGUAUACAAGACAUUUAAAGCAGCGAUUGUACUGUAUAUUCAUUCAGUCAACAAUCUUUUGUUUAUUUCAAUAAUUUUUAUGAUUAUUGUAGUUGAUUUUUUUUUUUUUUUUUUAACUGUAGAUGCAAUGAUCAGCCACAACAUUAAUACCACCUGCCUAAUAUCGUGUAGGUCCCCCUUUUGCUGCCAACAUGAGACAUGGACACGACCCCUCUGAGGGUGUCUGGCGAUGGGAUGGAUCCUUUGGGUCCUGUGGCUUGUCGAGACUUUUGACGAUCGCGGGUCUUCCGGUGUGUCUCACAGAUGCUCAAUUGGAGUGGGAUCUUUGGAGUGUGGAAGUCAGGUCAAUGGCUUGGGCUCUUUGUUGGAUUCUUUGAGCUUUUCCUGCGCAGUUCUUUCAGUGUGCCGGCAGGCAUCGUCCUGCAGGGGGAGGACGAUGCCAUUAGGCAGUGCUGUUUCAACAUACACACAUACAAGUGUACGUACACACAUACACCUACAUAUAUAUGAAGCUGAGAAACGGGGAUGGAAUUUGUAAUUUCUUCUAUGUACAAUACUGUGUAAAUAUUUUUUCAGACAAAGCAAGUGUAUUUAUUUCCUGAAAUGUCACUUGGAUUUGUGUUUUUUCCUGUAUGUAAUGCUGCCCGUUUUCUCUCUCGUGAUAGUACACUCAAGGAAAUGAAAGGAGAGUUGACAGAAAACUGCUCUGACAUGACCGCUGAGAGCAAACUCGGUGCACCUCUGUUUGCCUCGUAAACCCGUCCCCGUUUUUAUAGCAACAAAUAACUGAGCUGUCAGAGAGAGCGAGGAAGAGAGCGAGAAGAAGGGAAGCUUUGUAGGAAGUGUCUUGUUCUGUGUGCUCGACAUUUUCAGGUUUAUAUUUCUCUGCUGUAAUACAAUCUUUCAUAUUUAAAAGGUCUAUUUAUUGAGAGCUGGCUAAUCUGUUCAACAGUGGGCUCCAAUGUCUCAACUAUGUUUUACUGCUGAACUGGUACAAUAAACUGGGAGAAAAGCAACAAAGCCA